AGUGGUAGCGGCCAGGCAGCCCAUCUUCGCAAAGGCUUUCGGCGCGCCGUGGCCCGCGGGCACCCGGCACGCACCUCCCCGCCGCCAGGAUGCCCAAAAGGAAGGUCAGCUCCGCCGAAGGGGCGGCCAAGGAAGAGCCCAAGAGGAGAUCCGCGCGGUUGUCAGCGAAACCUCCUGCAAAAGUGGAAGCGAAGCCAAAAAAGGCAGCAGCGAAGGAUAAAUCUUCAGACAAAAAAGUGCAAACAAAAGGGAAAAGAGGAGCAAAGGGAAAACAGGCUGAAGUGGCUAACCAAGAAACUAAAGAAGAUUUACCUGCAGAAAACGGGGAAACAAAAACUGAGGAGAGUCCAGCCUCUGAUGAAGCGGGAGAGAAAGAAGCCAAGUCUGAUUAAUACCAUAUACCAUGUCUUAUCAGUGUUCCCUGUCUCCCUUCUUGUACAAUCCAGAGGAAUAUUUUUAUCAACUAUUUUGUAAAUGCAAGUUUUUUAGUAGCUCUAGAAACAUUUUUAAGAAGGAGGGAAUCCCACCUCAUCCCAUUUUUUAAGUGUAAAUGCUUUUUUUUAAGAGGUGAAAUCAUUUUCUGGUUGUUUAUUUUUUGGUACAACCAGAAAAUAGUGUGGGAUACUGAAUUAUGGGAGGCUUUGACUGUCUUGGGUGUCAGCUUAACAUUCCAUAGAUGGGGGGUUAGUUUUUAUAUCCUAUAAUACAAAGCAUAUUAAAUGGCAAUAUGGAGUCAGUCUUGCAUUUAAUGUCUUGAACAUUUUAAAUUACUUCUAUUCCCAUGUUUUUUAGUAGAAUUGUUUCCUAAAGAAAACCACUCUGGUCGUGGCUCUCCCUGUCAGAAUUGUGUGCACUCUGUAACAUCUUUGGUGUGAUAGUCCUGUUUUCCUAAUAACUUU